UUAGAUGAAUAAAUUACAACACCACCAAACUACAAAAAGCCAACACCACCAUCUUCUUCUCCAACUUGCUUCUUACUUUCACACAACAACGUAGUUUCUACAAAACGCAAAAUCAAACUCAAACAUAAAAUAAAACAUCACUACUUCAACAUUCACAAAACCUUAACACACAAUUUUUGUGUCUUAACAAUAAACAAAAAAUGAAGCUCUCAACAUUACAACAAAGUUACAUCAACCGUAGAACAAACAGCUUCAGAGGCUUAGAUUCAGAUAACGGCGCCGGCGCCGUUAAGUCACCGGCGACAAUUUUCUGGCUAGUACUUCACGGCGUUUGCUGCUUAAUCAGCCUCGUUCUCGGCUUCCGAUUUUCUCGUCUCGUUUUCUUCUUUCUCUUUUCAACUUCAUCCACUAAUAUUUACACCGUUCCAUUUACCUCCGGCACCGGUGCCGGAAUCACUGUUCCGGUGGAAACUCAACAGAAUGUUCUAACAAACGGGAGUUCAGUAGUGGCGAGUAGAGUGGUGGUUGGAAGACACGGGAUCCGGAUUCGGCCAUGGCCGCAUCCGGAUCCUGUGGAAGUAAUGAAAGCGCAUGGAAUAAUCUCUAGAGUUCAAAAUGAACAGAGAUUGUUGUUUGGAGUGAAGAACCCUAGAAAAGUGAUUGUUGUGACUCCGACUUAUGUGAGGACUUUUCAAGCGAUGCAUUUGACUGGUGUGAUGCAUUCUUUGAUGCUUGUGCCUUAUGAUCUGAUUUGGAUUGUGGUGGAAGCUGGCGGUGUUACUAAUGAGACUGCUUCGAUUAUUGGAAAAUCUGGAUUAAAGAUUAUUCAUGUUGGGUUUAAUCAGAAAAUGCCCAGUUUGUGGGAGGAUAGACAUAAAGUUGAAUCUUUGAUGCGUCUUCAUGCUUUGAGGAUUGUGAGGAAAGAGAGGCUGGAUGGAAUUGUGAUGUUUGCUGAUGAUAGUAACAUGCAUAAUAUGGAGCUGUUUGAUGAAAUUCAGAGUGUGAAAUGGAUCGGUGCUGUUUCAGUCGGAAUACUACUUCAUUCCGUUGAUGCAGCUGAAAUUUCUUCAUUGGUUCAAAAAGAAGGAGAUGAGGAUACCAUGCCAAUGCCGGUGCAAGGUCCUGCUUGUAAUGGUACCGAUAAGUUGGUUGGGUGGCACACCUUCAAUUCAUUACGAUAUACUGGAAGGCAUGCAGUUUACAUUGAUGACCGGGCACCUGUGUUGCCGACAAAAUUUGAAUGGUCUGGGUUUGUGUUGAAUUCCCGAUUACUGUGGAAGGAUGUUGACGAUAAGCCAGAAUGGAUUAAGGAUCUUGAUGCAUUGGAUGGGGAUGGUGAGAAGAUAGAGAGUCCACUAUCUUUGCUCAAGAGUACCUCUGUGGUAGAACCACUAGGGAGUUGUGGACGUCAUGUUUUGCUUUGGUGGUUGCGGGUUGAAGCUCGCACAGACAGCAAAUUCCCUGCUCGAUGGGUGAUUGACCCUCCUUUGGACAUCACAGUCCCAUCUAAACGCACUCCAUGGCCAGACUCUCCUCCUGAACUCCCAUCUAAUGAAAACGAAAAAGUGUUCGCUGCAGGCGCAGAAGUGCAUUCGAACACGCACACUACAAAGACCAAAACACCCAGAUCCAGACGCAGUAGAAGUAAGAGAAAGCAUGACACCAAAGUGAUUGGUGUACAGGUCUCUACACAUUCUGAACAAACCGAGAUAUGAAUUGGUGCAUCUGAGAAUUUACUUCCUUGUGUUUAUAAGAGAAUGCUGGCCUUCUGCGACAAGAAUUUGAAUUAAUUAAAAGGAGAAGCUGAUGUCUUCUUGGAUACAUAAUUCUGUCGCGAAGCUUUUUAUGGUUGGCCAGCAUAUGUGCAUUCGCGUCUGAUUUUCACCCAUUUUUUCUUUUACAUUUUUUUUUCUUAUUUUUCUUCGAGGUGCCCUAAAUCCGUUCAUAUGAAAGAUUAAAGGGAAAUAUCAACUUAGUUUUGCAACAUUGGCUGUCUUGUGGGAAGCCUGUAUUCAAUUUUAUUCGAUGUUUAUACAUAUUCUUCUCUAUAGUAUUAUACAAUUCCAUUUCA